GUACGCGUGCGCCCCAAGCGCCUGCAUAGAAAAGUGUUUGGCGCGAUCGCCGUCAGUCUGCUGACAGAUCUACGCUCGUUCGAACGUACCAGACCCGGUGGUUGCUGCGAUACAACGGUUACGCCCGUGUGCGUGUGAGUGUUUGUUUGACAACCUUUUUGGCGAAAAGUGAAUUUCCUGUAGGUGGUUGUGCGUGUGUGUGUGUCUCGUUGGCACUUGUGUAUCCUUAAUUUGAGCAGUUUGAUAAAGAAACCUACUGCCUACUCCUUGCAUUGGAGUGUGCAAUUUCUCGUGGUCCUCAGGAAAACAACAAACAAUCACACAAACACACCCAGUAAAACCAGUUUGCGGUGAUUCGGUUGGUUCCGUUUUCGCAAAGUGUGGUGUGUAUACAUCCCAAAUCCAUCAUCAUCUGUGUGUGACCCUAAAAGUAACGAAAAAAAAAGUCAACAACAUGGCCAACAAAUUCGUGUCAGUGCUGAUGGUUUCAUCUUUCCUGCUGGUGGUGGUUCACUUCGAAGCAGCCAGUGCCCUGAAAUGCUGGCGAUGCUCGUCGGACGCCUCAACGGCCGCCUUCUGCGACGAUCCGUUCACACAGGACAUCAUCACGGAGCAGCAGCGACGCUGGAGCUACGUGGACUGCAGCUACCCGCCCCAGGUCAACUACCAGUUCUCGCAGCAGAACCAGCAAACCCGACCGGUCUGCAAGAAAAUGAAGCAAUACAUUAACGAUCGUGUCGUGGUGUCGCGUUCCUGCGCCUACGAGGAUAUCAACACGCCGCCCAACUCGUGCGUGAACGCUCAAACACCGUCCUACAUCAAGACCGAGUUCUGCGAGACCUGCCUGACCGAUGGAUGCAACGGUGCAGCACAGUACGGACCGGCGGCACUGAUGAUUCUGAUCAGUGCACUCGUCGCUAAACUGCUCGCCUGGUAAACGGCCGGGACGCAACGGUAGCCCCACGUCCUUGUUUUUGUGGUGGUUCCCACCGAAAUGGUGCUGAAGAACUAGUGCAGCAGGCAACGUGUAUCGUCCAAGGCAAAGCAAAACAUUCACAUUUACCAACGCGAUCCGGUACGGAAGUUAGGCAGAGCGAACGAAUUCGUCCAUUUCGGGGCUGCAGAAGCCUCCACGUCAUACCAGAAUCUCAUACGCACCGGUUUCACUCUGGCCAGGUUGCCUUACCGUGGUGGACGCUGUAAGCGUCCGAUAAGCGUUAAAGUAUUUUUUUACCCAACCAACACACACAAAAUUUUAUCUUCGUAAAAGUGCAUCGUAAAACAUAUUUUAAAAAUCUCAAAACGAUCGUAUUUGUAUGUUACAGUUGUUAAACUAAGCAGGAAAAGUAUUGUGUAUCGAUGACGAACAGUUAUCGGAAGGUAACAUAUUUUCAAUUCGUGUUAGCAUAAUUCGAGUAGUAUAAGCGUAACAGUUUACAGCGAGCAGGAGAUAUAAAUGUACAAAAACCACAUGAUGAGCAUAUGAGAGAAAUAGAAAAGGGAUAAAAACAGGUUCACCUCUGGAAAGCAUUUUGGCACACAGAUCACAUUAGUAGCUACACAUUUUUUUCUCCAAAUUGCAUUAUUAUCUUCGGUCACAAAUAAGUUCUGGUUAGGAAUGGUUCCAUCGGAAAUCUCUAAAUCAACGAUUUAACUUCGAAAAACACCACACAAAGUGCACUUAAGUGGAACUAAAUCACUUCCCACAUCACUUUACACGUAAAAUUUUCAACGUCAGCAUCACAGGAUAGGAUUUGCUCUUUUCAGAUCAUGCUACACCAUAUCACUAACGUUUAAAGUGUACAUAAAAAAGGAUAGAAAAUAAAGUUACACCGAACAAAAAAA